AUGAAGUCGACUCCUGUUCUACCAAUGGCACUAUUGGUGUCAUUAAUCGGCAUAUUAUCAACAACGUCCGCCCAAGACUCCAACUCAACACACCCCAAACGAGGUCUAAUAUACAUCCAGCCAGGCAAAGGACAAGACAAAGACUACAACAACUUCGUGGGUCCCAAAUCCCCUCUUACAUGGUACUACACAUACUCACCAUGGCCAACACUAACGCAAUGGGAUGCGGAAUUCGUCCCGAUGAUCCACGGGGUCGACGACGCCACCGAGGGCGUUGACCGGAUCCUGUCCUUCCACAACGGCACUGGCACACUAGGCCAGAAUACCAUGAACCACAUUCUGACAUUCAACGAACCAGACGGCGACACUGACAGCGGCGGCAGCGACUCCUCGCCGCGCCACUCAGCCCAAGUCUACCUUGAGACCAUCGCUCCACUGCGCGAAGACCCCUAUAAUUUCCAAAUCUCGGUGCCCGCGACGACCGGCUCCCCCAAGGGCCUUGAGUGGCUACACGACUUCAACGAAUCGUGCUGGGACCAGAACCCCGACGGCGGCUGUCAAUUCGACUUCGUCGCCACGCACUGGUACGGCGACUUCGCCGGCCUGGCCUCGUGGCUCGGCUCCGUCCACGACCUGUAUCCCGAGCUGCCGAUUUGGUUGACGGAGUUCGCCAUCCCGGCGAUGGACGCCGAUGCGACGCAGGCGUUUAUGAACCAGAGUUUGCCGUUUCUCGACGAGCUGGAGUAUCUGGACCGAUAUUCGUGGUUCGGCACAUUCCGCGAGAAUCGCGCGAAUGAGUGGACUGGCGAUGGUGUUAGCAUGCUCAAUAGCAAUGGGCACCUGACCAGUCUGGGCGCUGAGUAUAUGGGUGGUCAGGCAGCUGGGUAUGAAGAGGGCCAAGGUGGUGAUCAGGGUGCUGCCUCGAGCGUUAGGUGUAGUGCCUUGUUACUCGUUGUUGGCAUUUUGAUCGCCUUCGUGGGGUUGUGGUGA